AGGUCAUGGAACGAUGUUCAUUUAUUGUGAAAAAGAAAAACCGGCAAUGUCGAAUGCUCGUGAAAAAUGGUCAGAAAUACUGUGGAGAACAUGCUGUCUGCGAUGAGCUAAAUGAAGAUCGUAUCUUCUGUCCGAACGAUCCAAACCACACAGUGAACAAAUCACAACUACAGAAACAUUUGUCUUCUCGGUGUAAUAGUCGUUUAUCUAAAGAUCCAUGGGUUGUUGAAAACUUUAAUCUCAUAGGAUCUCCAAAUGAACUGGAGCCAUGGUAUCGUCCUACGGAUGACGAAUUGUUGAGAAUGAGAAGAAUCAUUGAAAGAAUAUACGACCGGAUAGCUGAUGAUAUUACAGAUUCCUUCUUGAGGAAUGAGUACGUUGAAAACUGUGCUGCAAAUCUUCCAAAACUAAAUAAAAAACAUAUCUGGCAGAUAUCAUCGAUAAUAGAACAUCUAAGAGUAGUCGAUUUGCUGAAUAAUGACAAGCGCAAGUGUUUAAUAGAUUUUGGAACUGGAAGAGCACAGCUUUCAUAUUGGAUGGCCAAAAUUGCUCCAGAAUGUCGGUUUCUUCUAAUUGAAAAGAUGGGCUCAAGGAAUAAGUUUGAUAAUAAAAUUCACAAGAUUAAUUUAUUUCAAAUUGAGGAACUGGAUUUAGUAUUUGUUGAACGAAUACGUUGUUCGGUGGAACAUCUUGAUUUGUCAAAAACUGAUUUGAUUCGGGAUGUGGAUAAUGUAGCAGCAGUAUGCAAGCAUUUUUGUGGUGCUGCCACAGAUUCUGGCAUUCGAUGCUUAAUGAAUGGAGUGAAAAAUGGCUUAAAUGUGUGUGGUUUUGUUUUAGCCCCAUGUUGUCAUCACCGAAUUACAUAUGCAGAGUACGUUGGCCGUAUCUUCUUGGAAUCUUACGGUAUUUGCAGCUCUAAUGAAUUUGCAGCUUUAAGGCAUAUUUCAACAUGGGCUGUUUGUGGUUUUCCCAGUCAGGAGAAUUUUGAUUAUGUUUCUGUUUUAUUUCAUUCACUGAAGUCAGGGAAUUUGGAACAUAAAGCGAUGGUCUCUUUGAAUUCAACGGAAAAAGAACUUCUGGGGCAGAAAGCUAAAGCGGUUUUGGAAUUCGGUCGAGUCAUAGAACUUCGGAAUUGUCUCUUCGAGCGAGUGAACAAUCUGGAUCUUUUGCGAAGUUCCGGUUUAAACUCGGUUCCGGGUCCCGAAACAUCUGAGGAGCAAAAGAAGCGAUUCGAAAUUGAGUGUGAAUUCGUACAAGCUUUAGCUAAUCCCCAUUACUUGAAUUUUUUAGCGCAACGAGGUUAUUUUAAGGAACAGUACUUUAUCAAUUAUUUGAAAUACCUUUUAUAUUGGAAACGACCAGAAUACGCAAGAGCUUUGAAAUAUCCGCAGUGCUUACAUUUUCUUGAAGCGGUACAAAGUUCAGCUUUUCGUGAGGCAAUAACUUGUACAGCAAAUGCAAAAUUUAUUGAAGAACAACAAUUAUUACAGUGGCAGUAUUAUACUCGGAAACGGCAACGAUUGCAUAUGUAUACAACAGAGCACGAUGAUAAUGAGCAGGAAUGGAAGCAGCAACAGCCACAACAACGGCAGAAAGCUCCACCAGCAUCUUCCUAA